AUUCGAUGGAUGUUUCUCUACAAAAUUAAGUCUAGCUUAAUUAGAUACUUGAAAGAAUACGAAACUACUUAAGCAAAGCAUCUAAGCAAGGUUAAAAUCCUUGUUAUGAGCAUAUGAAUUCAGAGUAGUUAAUGCAAGCCUUCUUUGAAAUAUAUUUUUAGAAAUAGUAGGAACAUUAGUAACUAAGGAGCAAUUUAAAGGUGAAUUAAGUGGGCAAUCACAUAAAUUAAUUAGAGUAUAAGAUAAAUCACUUGUAAGACAAUAUAAGUAGCAUACAUAAAUAGAGGGAUAAACUUAAUGAAGACAUCAUAUCGAAAGAAAAUGAAUUGAAUUUAAUUGAUAAGCAAAUGAAGUCUAUAAAGAUUUCAAGUCCUGUGAAUCAACAAUUUUAGGAAUUGAUAGAAGGUAUAACGAUGUGUAAAGAGAAGUGUGAUUAUUUGGAAGAGGAAAAUUAGGAUUUCAAAAAAAUCUUAAUAUAUGAGAAGAAGAAAAAUAGUGAAUUAAAACAACACUAUUAAAACGUAAUAAAAUAAUAAUUAUAAUUAGGUGAGAGAGAGAUAUGAUUAGAAUCUGAUCAAAUUGCAGACUCUAGAGUAGAAAGGAUUAGAAAUCAAUUAGAAGAUGAUGAAGUAAUUGAAAAUCAUAAACGACUUGCGGUUUUUCAUAAAAAGUCAAAGGAAUGAUGCUUUUUAGUAGAUCACUCCAAGAAAGAGAACAUUCAAUGAGUAAUUUAUGAGUGCCUAAUAUUCACUGGAAGACACACGUAUUAAAUAAUUAUUUUAAUGAGUUCAUUGAGGAAUCAUUCAAUAAUUUCGAUUCAUUGAAGUUGUGUUUGUAAUCAAGUUAAUUGGUAUAAAAAGAAAACUAAUUGAUUGAGAGUUUGUCAUAAGUGAUUUCAUUAAAGAAUAAUCUUGCAUAAACAAACAAUAAAGAUUUGAGUGAAAGUGAGAAAUCAUUUAACCCUGAAUAAAA